UAGGGAUGUGAUGGACUUCCAUUGUUUUUCUGUGUAAAUAAGCAGCAAGCACAGCUUAGCUUAAUGGAAAAUCAGAGUGCAGCAGAGCUGUUGCUGCUGGAGAUGAGGGCAGGCUGUGGCUUGCUGAGGACCAGCAGUGCUUAGAGGCAGCGGUUUUAUACUGGCUGGAGUGUUCUCAGCAUCUCAGUUUAAAAAAAAAAAAAAAAUAGACUCAUUGUUUCAUGCUAUAGAGUAGAAAAAUACAAAGCUGUUCCCUCUUUGGGAUGGCUGAGGGAGAAAUAGUAAUGACGUAAGGGAAUAACAGUCUGAAAUGCUGCAGCAGAGCUCAGGCUGAAGUAUCCUUUGUGCUGAGGCACUGUGCAAAGGCUCAGGUGCACACUGGGGUGGGGGGGAAAUCAUUUGGGAGCAGAACACACUCAUUGCAUUCUGCCUGGCACCACAAGGGCACGAUCCCAAGUUGGGCUUUGCCACUCCUGACUGGUGAUUGCCACCUGCAGUUCUAACAGUGCUCCACAACUUACUAAUGCUUGCUGAGAGCAUGCACCUCUCCUGAUUUUGAAGGAGAAUCUUUGGAAUGCAGUUAGCUUUCAUCUAAUUCACUUAAUCCUUAACGUCUUUAACCUUGCUGGCACACUGCUUCAGUUUAUUUCUAUUGCAGUCACAUUUUGAUGUGUGGACAUUUGUAAUCAGAUAAGGAUCCUCGUGCUGCUUGUCUUUGGGGCUAAGUGAGCAUCCACACCUGUGGGUGCUCCUCAUUGUGAGGCAACGAGCAGCCUUUUGAGAUGGGACAUGUCCAUCUCUUACUUUAUCUGCUUUUAAAUAUUACUUUUUUCCCUUCUAAAGUAUUCCAAAGAUCUAUUUCCUCCUGCUUCCUUGGGAUAAGCUUCUUGCUGGCAUAGAGGCACGUGAAGGAAUCAAAAGGCACUUUGCCAGCUGCACUGGGUAUGGCAAGGAGGGGUGGAACCCCUAACUAAUGGCUUACUGGUUAGGAGAGGUCCUUCCCACACUAGAGCAAUUAGCAUUGGAGUGGUAGGGAGUGGAGAGGCAGAUGCAUUGGUAUUCCAGAACAGAACUGAGAAAAGAAUGCUUUAAAAUGAAGCUUCCCCCAUUGUGUGUGAUCUUUCAAACUUGAUGCUGUCAGAUAACCGCGUUAACUUGCAUAAUAACUUUCCUGUUCUGCUAUUGACUUUCCCCUUUUCCUUUAGUUAUAGAUGCUCUUCUGUUUCAAAUCUCUAAGCUAAUAGUGAAAGAUAUGUAAGGAUGUUGAUCAACGCGAUCCCCGCGGCCGCACCUUGCUGCAUCUUGCUGUUUCCUUGGGUUACAUAGAAUCUGCCAAAGUCCUCCUUCAGCACAAGGCAGAUGUAACUAAAGAGAACGCACAGGGAUGGACAGUUUUACAUGAGGCCAUCAGCACAGGAGAUCCAGAGAUGGUCCAUAUGAUUCUGCAGCACAGAGACUAUCAGCAGACCUCCAGGACGCUUGGAGGAGUCCCUGAAUUACUCCAGAAGAUUAAUGAGACUCCUGACUUUUAUGUGGAAAUGAAAUGGGAAUUCACUAGCUGGGUUCCACUGGUUUCUCGGGUUUGUCCCAGUGAUGUCUGUCGCAUCUGGAAAAGUGGUGCCAAACUGAGAGUUGAUAUCACACUGCUGGGGUUUGAGAACAUGAGCUGGGAGAGGGGAAGGCGCAGCCUGAUCUUCAAGGGAGAAGAUGCUGAAGGUUGGGCAGAACUAAUUGAGAUUAACCACGAUGAUAAGUUUGUUACCACGGAACGUUUUGAGAUUUCCCAACACAUGGAACGUUUGACACUGGGAUCCAUGACACCAAAAAGAAGAGAAGUGGAAAGGCGCCUUACAUCUCCGAUUAUCAACACGUGCCUUGAUACAAAAAAUAUUGCUUUUGAAAGAACCACAUCUGGAUUCUGGGUAUGGAGGACUGAAAAAGCAGAAGGUGUGAAUGGUUAUGAAGCAAAGGUGUACAUGGCAAACAAUGUAAAUAUAGUCACAAAAAUCAGAACGGAACACUUAACAGAAGAGGAAAAGAAAAGAUAUAAAGCUGACAGGAGCCCCUUGGAAUCGUUUCUGGGUACAGUGGAGCAUGAGUACGGUGCUCAGAGUGCGGUGAAGACAACAGAGUAUGCCACAAGUAACAACCCUACUGCUAUUACUCCAGAGGAAUACUUCGAUCCAGAGUUUGAUUUGAAGGGCAGGGAUAUAGGAAGACCCAAAGAAGUCACCAUUCGAACGCAGAAAUUUAAAGCGACCUUGUGGAUGAGUGAAGAGUUUCCCUUGUCCCUUGUGGAGCAAGUAACUCCAAUCAUUGAUCUGAUGGCCAGAACUAGCGCUCAUUUUGCCAGACUAAGGGAUUUCAUCACUCUGGAAUUUCCACCAGGGUUUCCUGUCAAAAUUGAAAUUCCCUUAUUUCAUGUGUUGAACGCUCGAAUUACAUUUGAAAAUGUCAACAGCUGCAGGACAGCUGAGAGAACAUCAUCACCAACGGGUGGAGGUGUACAGGGGGAUGCAGGUGCUAAUUUUGAGGUUGACCAGUCAGUGUUUGAGAUCCCCAAAUCUUACCAUGUCCAAGAUGAUGGUAGGAACAUACAUGUGCACGAUGAAGAUAAUGAGAUUAUGCAGUUUGCUAUUCAGCAGAGCCUGUUGGAAUCCAGUGGAAAUAAAGAAGUGGGGGCGCAUUCCAAUGGAGCAGUUGCAUAUUCACAGGACUUCAAUAUACAGUAUCAGAGGGCACUGCAGGAGAGCUAUCUAACGAGCACAGGUAACUCACAGAGCAGCAGCCCUAGCGAGCCUUCUAGCUUUGAGAAGGACUUGCAGCUUGCCAUGGAGCUGUCUGUCCGAGAGCAGGAGGAGCGCGAGAGGCAGCGCCGUGAGGAGGAAGAUGCAGAGCUGCAGCAAGUUCUACAGCUUUCUCUUGUGGAAAAAUAACUCUUGAUAAUAAGGGUGACCAAAUCUGUGCGAAGCUGGAGGCUUUCAGAGCUCUCAGGCUGGAGAUCGCUCCUGGAUUGCUGAAGUAAACAUUUCACCUGCCUUCUUCAUCAUCACUGUAAUAUCAGCUACAACAGCUGAUGUUUUUUAAAUUGUCUUUUAUUAUUUGAGGGAGAUUCAGUGACUGGGCAUUCUGUGUUUAGCUGCCCAGCUGUGCAGCCUAAGCUGUGACAUUCUUUUACCUGAACACGUUUAUUGAAGAGCAGGUGGAAGGCUUGCUUGGCACCAGGCCUGAGGGUUGCGUUGAACUGUAAAAAACCUGAUUUAUGAGGAGUUCAGAAGGGAAACUUCAUUACUUACCAAAGAAAUACUGAUCUGUGUAGUCACUUGGGAAUAAUUCAAAGCCAUUGUCUCUGUUCCUUCCAGUCCUUACGUGGAAGGUAUCUCUAUGCAUUCACAUACGUACAGUAGUUUCCAUGCUGACAGAUGCUCUGUUAGUGUUGUUUAUACAUGAUUAUUUCUUCUCCAGUCACUGAGACUUUUAUCAUAUGCUCCUGCUUACAAGGGAUAAUUUUAUACUUGAACAGCUAAUCCAAGCAUGAGAUUAAACUAGUGCUUUCUGAGAUCAGACAAACCAAGCAGCCAGUACAAUUUUAGCUCCUCAAGUGGGACCAUCCUCCUAAAGUAGCACUUUCUGCAGUGAUUCAACACCAGCUCGUUCCCAUAGUCAGAGGGCAGCAAGGACGUAAGCGAUAGAUACAGGUGCUUCUUGAGAUGGCUGUGCGUGUGCAUGCGUGUGGGUGCUGCUGAAUUCAAACAGGAGAAAAGUCAGUUGAGAUUUUAAUGUGUACUUAUUGCAAGAUGAGUUUUAAUUCUGUCACCCGAAAGGGAAAAUGCCUGUUGCUUUUUAAACCUCAGAUGCUUAUCCUUCAUGUGAAUACAUACUUUUUUAUCUGAAUCUUUUUAUUGACUUUUAAACCAAACCAAGAUGACUGCCCUCCCUAAAAUGCUAUCGUUACAAUUCACAAAUAGGUUUUAACAGCUUUCCUCAGGUCUUUCCUCCUACAGUACGGUUGUAGCUGUUCUACUUGCACUCCUGUCAGUGUUUACAGUACUUGCCCU